GUCAGUUUCUCGUUUCCUUUUUUUGAGUCGACAAUUACGCACACUACACUCCCACACUCAGUCCUUCUCAGUUUCAGUGCCACAUACUGUAGAUCACACACUCUCUUCUUCCAUGGAGUUGCUUCAUUCUCCUUCCAUUUCUACCUACAAACCUAAACUCAAUUACCAAAACCAUCUCUUCUCCAGGAGAAACAGUAAACCUGUAGAUUUUGAGACUAUUCGGAGAAAAUCAGUGGUUAAUGCUGCUGUUCAUAGACUUGCGGCGAAGACUGCGGCGAGUGCGGUGGUUGUGGAGAAAUCCACUACGGAACGAUGUCGUUUUGAGGUUUUGUCAGGGAAGCCAUUGCCGUUUGGUGCUACUGCGACAGAUGGUGGUGUGAAUUUCGCUGUUUUUUCGAGGAAUGCUACUGCUGCUACUCUUUGCUUGAUCACUCUUUCCGAUUUACCUGAAAAGAGAGUGACCGAGCAAAUUUUCCUGGAUCCUCUAGCUAAUAAAACUGGAGAUGUAUGGCAUGUGUUCCUUAAGGGAGAUUUUGAGAAUAUGCUAUAUGGCUACAAAUUUGAUGGGAAAUUCUGUCCUGAAGAAGGACACUACUUUGACUCUUCGCAGAUAGUGUUGGAUCCUUAUGCCAAGGCUAUAGUAAGCAGAGGAGAAUAUGGUGUAUUAGGGCCAGAGGAUGAUUGUUGGCCCCCAAUGGCUGGCAUGGUACCUUCUGCUUCUGAUCAGUUUGAUUGGGAAGGAGAUCUACCACUGAAGUUUUCUCAGAGAAAUCUGGUAAUCUAUGAAAUGCAUGUUCGUGGAUUUACAAAUCAUGAGUCGAGUGAAACAAAAUAUCCUGGUACUUACCUUGGUGUUGUGGAGAAACUUGAUCACUUGAAGGAACUUGGUGUCAACUGUAUAGAGCUAAUGCCCUGUCACGAGUUCAAUGAGCUGGAGUACUAUAGUUAUAACUCUGUAUUGGGCGACUACAAGUUUAACUUUUGGGGCUAUUCUACUGUCAAUUUCUUUUCUCCAAUGGGAAGAUACUCAUCUGCUGGUCUAAGUAAUUGUGGCCUCGGUGCAAUAAACGAAUUUAAGUAUCUUGUCAAGGAAGCACAUAAACGUGGAAUCGAGGUUAUCAUGGAUGUUGUUUUCAAUCACACUGCUGAAGGAAAUGAAAAUGGUCCCAUACUAUCAUUUAGAGGCAUUGACAACAGUGUGUUUUAUACGCUAGCUCCUAAGGGUGAAUUUUACAACUACUCAGGAUGUGGAAAUACCUUCAACUGUAAUAAUCCCAUUGUACGUCAAUUUAUAGUGGAUUGCUUGAGAUAUUGGGUUACCGAAAUGCACGUAGAUGGCUUCCGCUUUGAUCUUGCUUCUAUCCUUACAAGAAGUAGCAGCUCGUGGAAUGCUGUAAAUGUCUAUGGAAAUUCAAUUGACGGUGACGUGAUCACCACAGGCACUCCUCUCACAAGCCCACCUUUGAUUGAUAUGAUUAGCAAUGAUCCAAUACUUCGUGGAGUAAAGCUAAUAGCUGAAGCAUGGGAUUGUGGAGGCCUUUACCAAGUUGGCAUGUUUCCGCACUGGGGUAUCUGGUCGGAGUGGAACGGAAAGUACCGUGACAUGGUACGGCAGUUCAUCAAAGGCACUGAUGGGUUUUCUGGGGCUUUUGCUGAAUGCCUUUGUGGAAGCCCAAAUCUAUACCAGAAAGGAGGAAGAAAACCAUGGAACAGUAUAAAUUUCGUGUGUGCCCACGAUGGUUUUACUUUGGCUGAUUUAGUGACAUAUAACAAUAAACACAAUUUGGCAAAUGGAGAGGACAACAAAGACGGGGAGAAUCACAAUAAUAGUUGGAAUUGUGGCGAGAUUGCUCUAGUAGUUCAAAUGUUAUAUUUUCCUUUCUGUUGCUCCGAGAUUGAGACGAUUUAUGUGCAACAUGGUAGCAUCCACAUCCAUGUGUUAGUGCAUUUAGAGGAAGGAGAAUUUGCAAGUAUCUUUGUGAAGAAAUUGAGGAAAAGACAAAUGCGGAACUUCUUCCUCUGCCUUAUGGUUUCCCAAGGUGUCCCCAUGAUAUAUAUGGGCGAUGAAUAUGGUCACACUAAGGGAGGAAACAACAACACUUAUUGCCAUGAUAAUUAUAUUAAUUACUUCCGUUGGGAUAAGAAGGAUGAAUCUUCAUCUGAUUUUUUGAGAUUUUGCAGCCUCAUGACCAAUUUCCGCCAUGAAUGUGAAUCACUGGGAUUGGAUGGUUUCCCUACAGCAGAAAGGCUGCAAUGGCAUGGUCACACUCCUAGAACUCCAGAUUGGUCUGAAACAAGUCGAUUCGUUGCAUUUACACUGGUCGACAAAGUGAAGGGAGAACUAUAUAUUGCCUUCAACGCCAGCCAUUUGCCUGUAACGAUAACACUUCCAGAAAGGCCUGGUUAUCUAUGGCAGCCGUUGGUGGACACAGGCAAACCAGCACCAUUUGACUUCUUGACAGACGACGUUCCCGAGAGAGACACAGCAGCCAAACAAUAUUCUCAUUUUCUUGACGCGAACCAGUAUCCGAUGCUCAGUUAUUCAUCGAUUAUUCUUUUACUAUCAUCUGCUGAUGAUGCAUAGUUUUAUUCAACAAGUUAGGUGGAGGUAAAUCAUCUUCAGAUUUUGUUAUAUGCAGUGAGCUAGGUGUUACUUUGUAAAUAAAAGUAAGAAGCAGGAGAGAACAGAACUGCAAAUGGGAUAAAAUUUGUGAGGAAGAAGCUGAUGAUUUAUAAGAUACAACUUGUAUUAUAAUUGCAUUUAUAUAAAAUAAAAUACUAGUGAACUUGUCUGAGUGAAAUAAAAUGUAUAGUUGAUUUCAUAGAGGAAUGCUUGGUAAGUAAUUAGUUGAUUUUCAACAAAGUAAUAAGUUUAC